AUGUCAGCCAUCACAGUCGACGCUAGUGAUUUGCUGUCGCAGCAUGUGCCUGAGAAAAGGAAAACCAAACACAGGAUAUUCGUAAACCGAAGUCUGCAGCUAAAUAAAAUACGUUUUUUUGGCUUCGACUUGGAUUACACACUUGCGCAGUACAAAUCACCAGCGUAUGAAGAGCUGUCCUUUAAUAUAUUAAAGGAGCGCCUGAGUUACUGGGGCUAUCCGCCAGAAAUCAUGAAUUUCAAAUAUGAACCAUCUUUUCCUAUUCGUGGUCUUUGGUUUGAUCGGACGCACGGUACAUUUCUAAAGAUUGAUCAAUUUGGAAGCAUACUAAGCUGCUUAAGAGGAUUCAAGAUAAUUUCUGGAGAACAACUACGACAAAUGUAUCCAAACAAGUUCAUCAAAUACGAUGAGAAGCGUAUUGAAAUAAUGAACAGUUUAUUUAAUCUUCCAGGGAUGUAUAUGCUGUCGUGCAUAAUUCAUAUGUUAACAAGUGAUCCUUCCCAUGUUCUAAUGGAAAAUGGGAUCCAAAAUGGCGACUUGUAUAUGUCAUAUGCAUCAAUACACGAGGACGUUAAGUGUGCUGAGGAAUGGAUGCAUCAAGCGGAAAUCAAACGACGCACUUUGGCUGACUUACAUCGCUACCUGGACCAAGAUAACCGUUUGUGUACGUUACUAGACCGGUUGCGCCAAAACAAAGCAAAAGUAUUUCUUUUAACGAACAGUGGAUUCAAAUACACUAACGCUAUUAUGACCCAUAUGCUGGAGAUUCCAAGAACAGACGGUACAGUCAGAAAAUGGACAUCUUACUUUGACUAUAUUGUAAUUGAUGCAAAAAAACCGGAGUUCUUCCAAGAGGGUACCAUCUUGCGAUUAGUUGCACAGGCCUCAGGAAAGCGCAGCAUCGGACAUCACAUGGGCGCAUUAGAGACAGGAAACGUAUACUCUGGUGGGUCAUGCGAAGUCUUUUCUAAUCUGAUCGGAGCCAGGGGGAAGGACGUACUCUAUAUUGGCGAUCAUAUCUACGGUGAUAUCCUCAAAUCGAAGAAGACAGUCGGCUGGCGAACUUAUCUUGUCAUCCCAGAGUUAGCCAAUGAGAUAUACGUGUGGAAAAAGAAGAAAUCUCUUUUCGACCGUUUAGAGGAAUUAGAUAACCGUCUGGAAGGUAUCUAUAGGGAUAUGAACAUUGCUUCCAACGUGAAACCGGAUGUUGCAGAGAUACAACUUCAGAUUAGAGAUGUGGCUCACCACAUGGAAGAGUCAUAUGGACUUCUUGGUAGCUUAUUUCGAAAUGGAUCGCGUCAUACCUUUUUCUCUUCUCAAGUCCUACGGUACGCUGAUGUUUAUUCAAUUUCUUGCCUCAAUCUCAUCUACUAUCCACUCUGCUACAUGUUCAGAGCGCCAUCAAUGCUGAUGCCUCACGAGUCUACCGUCUCACAUGAUGAGUCUCCUUUGGACAGCUUCUACUAUUUGGAUAAGUCUCCAUGUGGGCUUCAAAGGCGAUCACAGCAGUUCAGCAAGCCACUACUUCCAAGGAACACGGAGUAUAUCUUAGAAGCCGUUGGGUCAGCCGAUCUUCAGCUUGACAACUUUGAGUCCAACAAGCAACAUAACCUGCGCCUGAAUGCCUACCCCAUAAGUGAUUGCAAAUCAAGUAAUGUCAAAGGAAUCGCCUGCAUUAUCCAUCACCGUCAUGAUUUCCAUUCAGUCCUUACCAUUAUCUGCGACCAUUGUCAGAAGGAAAAUACUUCGUGA